AAUCCUCUCUUUCUCUCUCUUGAUGAAGAAACCCUAAUUCUCAAAUUCUCAAAUUCUCAAUCUUCAUGCUUUAUAAUCAUGAUUCAGAUCUCUGAAAAUGCUUAGCAGCUCGUCUUCUUCUUCAUCGAUCAUCGGCAUAUAGAGAUUGAUUGAGUUACUCUGAUCAUGCCGUCGUCGUCGUCUUCAUCCUCAUUUCCAUUGGUACCUGUUCUAACCCUAUUACUCUCCCUACCUCUUCUAUUCAUAAUCGCUCCUAAAUUCCUUUCUCCAAAACAAAUCCAAAUCACCCUUCCCGACGAACUAGACGAUCUCGCUCUUUUCCGAAGAGCAUCCGCCGCAGAAUCACAACCACACCGACUCCCAGGUCAUCGGAAUCAUCUAGGUUCAACAAACGCUAAGCCGAAAAUCGCUUUCCUAUUCUUAACCAAUUCAGAUCUUCAAUUCGCACCUUUAUGGGAGAAAUUCUUUAAAAAUGGAUCUAAAGAUUUAUAUAAUAUAUACAUCCACGCAGAUCCCACCGUUAAAGUCUCUGUCCCUGGAGGUGUUUUCACUGCAGAUAGAUUCAUACCAGCGAAACGAACUCAACGUAGUUCGCCUACUCUAAUCUCCGCCGCUCGUCGGCUUUUAGCGAACGCUCUUCUUGACGAUUCAGCUAAUGCGUUUUUCGCGUUAAUCUCGCAACAUUGUAUUCCUUUACAUUCAUUUAAAUUCGCUUAUAAUACUCUGUUCCAUCGAUCUAUUACUGAUUUGACUCAGUUGGGUAAACUUGAAUAUCGGAGUUUUAUGGAGAUUGUAUCUAAAGCUCAUUUUCUUAAGGAUAGAUACAAUGCUAGAGGUAGAAAUGUGAUGCUACCUGAGGUUUCUUUUGAUCAAUUCAAAAUUGGGUCUCAAUUUUUCGUUAUUACAAGGCGGCAUGCUGUUACUGUGAUAAGGGAACGUAGGUUGUGGAGGAAAUUUCGUUUACCUUGUUUGUCACUUGAUUCGUGUUAUCCUGAAGAACACUAUUUUCCGACAUUGAUGGCAAUGGAUGAUCCAGAAGGGUGUACCCAUUAUACAUUGACUAGGGUUAAUUGGACUAAUAGUGUAGAUGGUCAUCCACACUUGUAUAGAUCAUCUGAAGUUUCUCCAAAGUUGAUUUACAAGCUCAGGGAAUCGAAUUUCACUCAAUCUCACUUGUUUGCGAGAAAAUUCUCACCGGAUUGCUUGAAACCCUUGAUGAACAUAUCUGAUUCCGUCAUUUUCCUGGAUUAAUUUCGCCUUGGUGAAAGAAUAAUGUGAUUUUGAAGUGCUCUGGAAGCAAAGCACGAAUCUUGGAUUUUUGUUUUUUUUUACCAUCAUACGACAUGGGAAAUGAAGGAAGAAGGGAAACUAGUAGUUGUAGUAGUAGUAGUAGGUUUUACAAGUAAGAAGACGACGAAAGAAGUAAAACUGUUGUUGCUGCUACUGCUACUAGGAAACCCAGAAACCUUGCGGCUCUCUCAAAUCUCAGUUGUUUUGCGAUCAAUUGUGAAAUACAACAAAAAAUAACUGUGGAGAUAUGAGAGGAGAGGAUGUAAUAGAAAAAUAUGUGUACUUUUAGAGACCAAAGGAAGGAGAGGUUUGAAAUUGAAGUAAUAUGUACAUAUAUUUGUUGGUGAAAUGAAAAUGUUUGUUUUGUAUA